AUGGCGAUCAUCUCCGACUUCAAGGAGGACGAGGCUACGCAGCAGGCGGCGGCGGCGGCGGCCGGCCCCGGCGUCGAGGAGGCCCUGGUGGCGGCGCUGGAGAGGAGCGGCGGCGCGCUCCCCUUCCUCCAGGCGGCCAUCGAUGUCGCCCACCGCAGGUCCGGCUUGUUCCGCGACCCUUCGGCGGUGAGCAAGGUCACCGCGAUGGCGGCGGCCGUCAGGGCGCAGGUGGAGGCCGAGGAGAGGGUGGCUAUGGAGGCCAAGAGGAAGGCGGAGGAGGCCGAGAGGAAGGCGGCGGCCGAGGCGCAGAAGGCUGCCGCCGAGGCGGUGACGGCGGAGGAGAAGCCAGAGAGCUCGGUGGAGAAGGACAUCAUGGAGGUGGAUAAGGAGGAGGAAGGCAACGUGAGACAACCAAAUGCUGGCAAUGGUCUUGAUUUGGAGAAGUACUCGUGGACUCAACAGCUGCCAGAGGUUAACGUCACCAUUCCUGUUCCUCAAGGAACAAAAUCAAGAUUCGUGGUCUUUGAUAUAAAGAAGAACCAUCUGAAGGUUGGUCUGAAGGGCCAGCCACCUAUCAUUGAUGGCGAGCUCUAUAAGCCAGUUAAGGUUGAUGACUGCUUCUGGAGCAUAGAGGAUGGAAAAACUCUGUCCAUAUUGCUUACAAAGCACAACCAAAUGGAGUGGUGGAAGUCUGUUAUAAAGGGUGACCCUGAAGUUGAUACCCAAAAGGUGGAGCCUGAGAGCAGCAAACUCUCUGAUUUGGAUCCUGAGACUAGACAAACCGUGGAGAAGAUGAUGUUUGACCAGCGCCAGAAGCAGAUGGGCCUUCCAACAAGUGAUGAAAUGCAAAAGCAAGAAAUUCUCAAGAAGUUCAUGUCUGAGCACCCGGAGAUGGACUUCUCUAGAGCGAAAUUAGCUUGA